AUGAAAAAAUUUUUAACUGAGUCUCAUUAUCAUUUUAGACAAGAAAUUUCAACAAAAAAAUAUGAUAAAUUGGAAUAUAAACCAAUUCACUCAGAAGAUUACUUAAUUUUAACAUAAGUAGUUAAAAUUGAGAAACAAUUUUAUUAUCUUACAUUAUCCAAUAAAUUAAAAUUAAAAUAAGUAUUUGGUAAAGAUUUAUGGGAAGAUGAGUUUGAUAUUGAAUUGAAACAACUAAUCAAUUAUUCUGUAGGAAGAACAGGAUAUAUAAUUGAUUUAAUAGAAUUAUAGAAUAUAUUAUAGCAAAAAUUAGAAAUUGUGAAUUGCAGAAUUUAAAUCAAAGAAAAUGAGACUGAUAAUUCAUAUUAAAAAAAAUUAAUUAAAAUUUAUAGAGUGAAUAAAAGACUAUAUCAUGUAAUCUAAUCAUUAGAAUUUGUUGAAGAAGGACUCAAAGAAUUAUCAUAAGUAAGUAAUAGCCAAUAAUCUGAUGGUGUUGAAUUAAUUGAAGAAUAAAAAAGAGAACCACUUAUUGAUAUUGUAUUUUUACUUGGAGUCAUAAAUAAUAAUACCUAUGUUUAAUAUCCAAAUGUUAUACCUAAUUGUUAUUUAUUAAGAAAUGUAAAUGGAAAGUUCAUGUUAUAAGACCCUGAGCAACCUAGAAAACCUAAAUUUCCUUUUAGAUUAAUCAUGUCUCAUGAAGAUAUGAAUAAACACAUUUCUAGAACAAAUGAAUAAACUAUUAAUGCAAAGGAUAUCACACUAUUUCCUCAUUACAAUUCAGUAUUUCUUGUUCGAUAAAAUUAAUUCAUUUACAAACCAAUAGGAGCAAAAUUGAGUAUUCUAUCAAAUGAAAGAAAAUUGCAUCAAGAUAUAAGAAAUUUCUAAUCAAAAGCUAAUUUAUUAAUAUAUUAUAACAAUACUAAAAAGAUAUCCUUUUAACUUAAUUCUGAAUAGACAGAGAAAUGGGCUCAUUUGUUUUAAAUUGAAAGAAGUAUGCGUUAACACAUUUUAAAUUAUAAAACAAAAUUAAAAAAAACUCUUGUAGGAUUUUAACUGUAUUAAAAUGAGAAUCGUUCUUCAUAAUCUAAGGAUCCAAGAUAUUUAUUUAUGCAAGAUAAAUUUGUUUAAGCAAAAUAAUAUUUUAUUUAAACAAAAAUUAAAUCAAUUGGUUGUGUAUUUGUUUCUGCAAAGAUACAUUCUUCACUAAUGCUAAUGAGAAUUAUGCCAGCUGGAAACAAAAGCAAAUCUCAUAUUUUUAUAUUUUAAAUUAAUUAAUAAGAUCCUAUAAAAUUGAUUUAUACCUUAUGUAAAUAAUUCAUUCUUAAAGCAACUUAAACUUAUUCAAAAUUAGAGCUAAUACCUAUCACAUAAAAUUAAAUACGUAAAUAAUAUCUAUUAUCAAAUUAAUAUCAUGAUAACAAUGUUGUAAUAGGUUAAAAAUCCCAUUCAAGAGUAGUGUAUAAAUAAGUUAAAAAAAUAGAUAAAUGUUAUUUUAUAAUAAUAGUUACUUUAAUUAAUAAUUAUUUUUAAAUCUAUCUCUAUAACUAAAGUAAUUGUAGAAGAUUUUACUUUACAAUUCAUAGAUCAGAUUUUUUAAUUAUGAAUUAAUACUUUUUAGAUUCAAUAUUUCCAGAAUAACCCCCUGAAAUAGUAGAAUAAUUCUUUAGACCUUGGAAAGUUAAUGAAAUCGAAAAGAUAUUUGCCUUAAUUAUUAAGGCACCUGAAACUUUUAGGAAUAGAACAAAACUUUAUCUUAAAUAAAUUAAUGAGACAAAAAAGGUUCUUAAAAGAUCUGCUACAUCUAGUUUCUCUAGUUUAAAUGUUCUUUAGAGACAAUCCACAUUAUAACUUAAUCAAUAAAUUGAUGAAUCUAAUGGGGAUGAUAUAAAUAAAUCAUGCUGGUUAUUUGAUAAAUUAUUAAUAUCUAAAUCUAAUAGUGUAUUUGAGAAAAAGUUAUGGAUGGAAAUAAUUAAAUAGAUGAAUAUUAAUGGAAAUUUAAUUAUUUUAGAUACCUUUAAGACAGUAUUAUCAGAAUUAGUAUAUUUUAAUGAUAGAACUUGUAAUUUUCUAUGUUAUAUUCCAUGUCUUGAAAUUUUACAAUCUUUUAGAUGGCAACCUAUAAGAUUAAGAAUUCAUUCAUAUGAAACUUGUAAAACUAUAGAUGUUCCUAUAAAUAUAAGAGGAAAGUAAGUUUAAGUCUAUAAAUAGUGUAAUUCUUUAUAUUUUAAUUAUAAAAUUAAUUAAUGCAUACCUAGUAAUCAAGAUAGUAUGAAAGUCAAUAAAUAUAAUGAUUAAAAAUAUAUCAAAUAUUAACUACUUUAUAAAGGAGCAUUUAUGAAACAUAAUAUGCUUUUUAUAGCUAUAUAUUUAUAUAAUGAUGUAUUUUAAAUUAGAAUUUUUAGUUAAACUAAUUCUAUAUUAAGAAAAUUGGAUGUUAAUUAAGUAGAACUAAAGAUUCCAUACAUUAGAUAAUUAUUAGUAUUGAAUCCUCAAGAAGCUGGCCGAAGAUUAAGUAUGAUAUAUAGAAAUAACUUUAUACAUGCUUCAUUUUUAAAGUUGUGA